AUGCUGGGACGAUGGCCAGCUCUAUUUACAAAGCAACAAGUUUUAGCUGAAUUUACACGUGUGGCCAGCAAAAACCUCGAAAAUGAUUUUUUCCGGGCUUUGGAUAGAUUUGUGCCACGGCUACUGGAGCUCUUCAAAGCAAAAAAGGGAAAGACCCAUGAUGAUGUUGCCACCCGGACAGCGGUCUUGAAGUGCCUCCCAGUGUAUUUUGGAGACGAUUGGGCUGAAUUUUACAAAGUCAGCAAUUCACCUGAUCCUGCUGAAACACAGAUGCCGGUUGGCAUCUUGGCUGUUGUCCCUGAAGGCGAAACGCUCGAUCCUUUGGACCCUCACCUUGAUGUCUACUUCAUCCAACUAGAAGAUGAUGGGUCUGCAAACCUCAUCACACUGUCACCGAGUCCCGCUCCGGCGUCAUGGCACCAGCAUCUGUCCUGUCUGCGCCCUCUGCACCCUGCCAAAGUCAAAGCUGUGGGUGUCACCAACAGCCAGACGAAAAUCAGCAUGACACAUCUCUUCUUGCUUCAUAAAGUCUUUGAUUCUCUAAGCUGCAAACAAUAA